AUGUCCAACAACAGAUUGGACUCCAUUUCAAGACCUUCGGGCUCUCCGUCGGCAGGAGGCGCCGCCAAACAGAGUCUGCGGUUUAAGCCCAAGGUGGUUGCUCGACGCACCAAGGAGGAGCGUGACUCGAACGUUCCUGUGGCCACGCCUGGGGUCAGCAAGAAGCCGGCUUCUUUGGCCAAGACGGUCCAACGAACGCAGAAAUUGUCUGGUCCUCGCCAUCUUCAAAACACCAAGGUUGUCAUGGCGGGUCCGCUGUCCCAGGGCGCUGUUUCCGUGUCAAACACAGGCCAUUCAGAUAGACACCGGAUCGUGAAGAAAUCGUCAGAAUCGCUCAAUCUGGCACAGUCUCUCAAGUCGCAGGUGGCCAAACAGCCGAAACAGAACGCAGACUACGACGAUAGUGACGACGACACAGAAACAAAAAUCGACCUGGGCCAGUCGUACGACUGGAACGACGUCAACACCCAGCUAUUUCCUGUGAGAGCAGAAAGACAACAGCAUUUCGAGUACGGCGAGGAAGCAAUUCCAGAUACAUCGAUCAAAACCGAGUUCCACCGCGAAGUUUCUGUGAUUCCGGACUCAGAGCCGUCGUCGCGCGAGCAGAGCGUGGAGAUAAAAAAAGAAGACCCAGAAGCUACGCUAAGUAUCGUUCCUGACGAAAAGGAAAACGUGGGUGUUUCUAAUAAUGACUAUCAGACCAGAAUCGAGGCAGCGCGAUUAGAGGAGGAUUACAGAGAGAUUGUGCAUCGCCUGGAAAACGCAGACAUCGCCCAGGACGGAAACGACAUGCUCUUUCUGCAGCUCCCUGAGAAUUUGGACUCGAUCUCCAGCGCAGCGGAAAUCAAGCCCGAGGAGUCCGUGGACAUGGACUCUGGCGUGAUCGGCAAGAUCCGCGUGCACCAGUCGGGCAAAGUCACCAUCCAAAUGGGUGCAACCAUCCUGGACGUUACCAGAGGAGGCGUCACUCAAACGGUCCAGAGCAUCGUCCAUUUGGACCAGGAAAACAAACAAUGCAUCGAGAUUGGCAACGUGGGCGAGAAACUGAUCGCCAGUCUCAGCUUGACGGACGAAUAA